GCAGGUGAUAUGUGAGAUGACUGGGGGCGGUGCAGACUAUUGCUUUGAAUGUGUCGGCCAGGCAACAUUGGUGCAAGAAGCAUACGCCAGCUGCCGGAAGGCUUGGGGCAAGACAGUGGUUUUAGGAGUUGAUCAGCCCGGAAAGCAGGUGAGCUUGAGCUCUUUCGAGGUUCUUCACAGUGGCAAAACCCUCACUGGAUCACUGUUUGGAGGUCUCAAGCCAAAAUCUGAUAUCCCAUCCUUGCUAAGCGUUACACAGAUGGGGAACUACAACUAGAUAAAUUUGUGACUCAUGAAGUGGGUUUUGAAGACACAACAAAGCUUUUGACUUGCUUAUUCAAGGGAAAAGCUUAAGGUGUGUUAUUUGGAUGGAUAAGUGAUACUUUCUAUGGUAUCACUAUGUGUACUUAAUUCUAACAUCGCUCUUUAUAUGCAAUUGAUAUAUAUAUUGUGUAAGUAACCCAAAAUAAUACCUUUGUAUGGGAAAGUCUAUGGUGGCUGUUGAUUGGCAUCAAUAUCUCUUGCAUCAGGUACACACCCAAAAAGCUUUGGGGAAGUUUUGAGUAUCAAAUUGUUUCCAUAGUACUUGAUACAAAGCUUUUGUGUAUCUCACUUCCUAUGCCUUUAUUUAA